AUGAGACCAACAGCCUACGAGACCAACAACCCACGAGACCGAACAGCCCACGAGACCAACUGCCUACGACACCAACAGCCCACGAGACCGAACAGCCCACGAGACCAACAGCCUACGAGACCAACAGCCCACGAGACCGAACAGCCCACGAGACCAACAGCCUACGAGACCAAACAGCCCACGAGACCGAACAGCCCACGAGACCAAAUGCCUACGAGACCAACAUCCUACGAGACCGAACAGCCCACGAGACCAACAGCCUACGAGACCAACGGCCUACGAGACCAACAGCCUACGAGACCAACAGCCCACGAGACCGAACAGCCCACGAGACCAACAGCCUACGAGACCAACAGCCUACGAGACCAACAGCCAACGAAAGCGAAAGCAUACUAG